UUUCGGAACCCGCUAAGCGUGGCUAGGAGCGCGCUUUGUCCUGCCGACGCCUGCGCCCUGACCUUCUCGAAGGUUUGUUUUGGUCGCAACCCCUACCUGCAACAUGUUGUGUUUUGAAUGCUGUGGCGUCAAGUCCUCGUGGCCUGUUGGACCCUAUAAAAGCCACUUCCCAAGACGGCGACCAACCAGUUCCCAGCUUGAUAGCCACGCGCGCGCUCCUCGAACGAGGCCAGGAGAGACUAGCGCGAAUAUAGCUCUGAGUGAAGUGCCAGGAAGCGACGGUUAUAUUUGAAGUCCCUCGGACAGUGCCCUCCGUGUGUCUGGGGCUUUGUGUGCUCCCGGGUGAUUCCGGAGAACAUAAAUCACAAAUUUAAUCAAUCUCACGUGCCGACUUGCAGUUUCCCCAGCAGUUUAACUAGUUUUUCGGGGUGAUUAAGUAUACGCCAGCCGAGCACUGCUCCGCGACCGGAAGCGGAAGUUGCCAAGCCGGAAGUCCGCCUGGUUGUUACAGUCGCCCUUUAUGCAGCUCGCCUCUGUGAUGCUGGCCCCAAAGAAGGUGAAAGUGUUGCCAAGGCACUAAGCUUGCAGAGUGGAAAGCGGAAAUCGAGGAAGUGCUUGGACCUGCUCACUUCUUCCCCCCUCCCCGGCCACGGCUCCGGCUUAAGCACACAAAUCCGGCAUAAUGCAGCGCUAAAGCUUCAGAAACAAAUAAAGCCGGGACACUCUCCACACUGCAAGGAGCACCAAUCAGAGCCAUCGUGGGACGACAGCCAUCCGCCCAAGGACACGCAAUUUGUAAGCAGGAAACGGCAACAAGGCGGCCAACGAAAUGGCGGACCUGGAGCGCAUACGCCUCGUCCUCCUGGGCGGCGCCGGCGUCGGCAAGAGCUCCAUUGUAAAGCGCUUCCUGUUCAAGUCCUACACAGACAAGUACCGCGCCACCGUCGAGGACCUCUACAAUCGCGAGUACGACCUGGGCGGCGUCACGCUAAAGGUGGACAUUCUGGACACGUCCGGUGACAUGCAAUUCCCUGCCAUGCGACGCCUGUCCAUUGCCACGGCGCACGCGUUCAUGCUCGUGUACGCGGCCACAUCGGCGCCCAGCUUUCAGUGUGUGAAGCAGUGCUUCGAGGAGAUCCGGGAGCAGCGCGGCGACUUUCAGGACAUUCCCAUUGUGAUCGCCGGGAACAAGGCCGACCUGGCCAGCACCCACAGAGAGGUCAAGCUGGAGGAGGUUACCGAUUGGGUGUUCUGCGAGCUGCCCCGCUUACGAGCCAAGGUACUGGAGUGCUCGGCGAAGGAGGACAGCAAUGUGACCGACCUGUUCAAGUCCCUGCUAUCCCUGUCCCGCUUCCUGCCUGCCAGCAGUAGCGGGAGCGGGGGCAGCGGGGCCGGCGGAGAGGCGGCGCCCAGCGGCUUCAAGAGGCGCUCAUCGGCCUACGUCAGCGCAUCGUCCAGUCGAAAUAAAAAUCGAAUGAACAGCCCGGCUCUCAGCGGCGCCGGCGGCAGUGGUGACAAGAAGUGUUCCGGCCUGGUGGACGCCGUCGAUGUGGCCAGCACCAGUGCGGAGGCCAAGCUGAAGCCGCGUUCCAGAUCGCUCAUCCGCCGCGCCUCCCGCAAGACCAAACAGCAAAUUAACAACGCAUCCGACGACUGCAACGUGCAGUAAAAGCACUAGCAUUAUUUUGGCCGGCAGCGCCUAAUUGUGUUAUUAUAUUUCGCCACAAAAUGUAUUAAUAAUAGAGACGGCAGCAAAUUAGUGUGCAUAAACAAGUGGCGGCGGGGCCCUUAUUUAUGUUUGCUGCAACUGAUUAUUCUGAUAAUAUAAAACUCACACAGAAACCGGUUGGCUCAAGGGCAAACGAGCCCAGUUUAGCGUAGUUCUUGAUGAUGAAUGUGCCACCCGAUAAUAACUUUAAUAAUUCACUCUGUGUCCAUAUCGAAACUAAGCCACUCGCAGGCAUUUCCAGUAACUGGAGCUCCGUGUUAAUGCCGUGAUGACACUGCCCUUAAGUUCAAAAGCCACACAAGAUAAUUAUAAUUCGGGAAACAUAUGUCCAAAAUUGUAAA